GUUAAUGUUCUGCAUGUUUGUAAGAGUUGUGGGAAAGGACUUAUUUAAAAUGUAGGCCUUAUAUGGACUCAUUUGUGUGUUUAAAUGAACUGGUGGCAGACUAAAGCAGAACCAUGUGGAUUCUGACACCUCUGCAGUCUGGAGGUGAGACCCAAUAUCUCGUCUCAGGUAAAGAUUAUGUGGUGGGACGGAAGAAUUGUGACAUCCUCCUUCCCAAUGACCAGUCUAUCAGUCGGGCUCACGCUCACUUCACUGCAACAGAACAGACUCUGACGCUUAAAGACACUUCCAAGUAUGGCACAUUUGUCAACAGUCAACGUCUGAUGGGGGAUGAACCACUGAACCUGAAGUCAGGGGACAGUGUAACAUUUGGAGUCUUUCACAGCAAGUUCAGUGUGGACCAUCUGCAGCCAGUAGUGUGUUCUUCAUGUUUGGACAACAAUGGCAAAGUGUCGCUCUCCCAGGCUCUUCUGCCUCUAGGGGGAAAACUGGUCAACACAUGGACUCAGGACUGCACACACCUGGUUAUGCCAAUAGUUAAAGUCACCAUAAAGACAAUUUCUGCUCUACUGUGCUGCCGUCCUGUUGUGAAGCCAGAGUAUUUCUCAGAGCUCAUCAAAGCCAUGCAGCAAAAAUUACCUCUUCCCAAAGCUGAGAGGUUCAUCCCAGUGAUAGACGAGCCCAGCUUAAGCAAAGAGGAUGUGAACCUCGGAGCGAUUCCAAUACGCAAACAGCUUUUCACAGGAAAGACUUUCAUUUUUCUUAGUGCCAAGCAGCUCAAGCGCUUGAGUUCUGCAGUGACUUUUGGAGGUGGUAGGAACCAGCUGCUGGAGGAGGGCUCCCUGCCUUUGGACCUUCUGGAGUCUCCACAGAGCUGCGUGGUCGAGUUUACAACAGGCAGCUCCCAAACUCUGAUGUCAUCCACUGCCACUGAGUGGGCAGCCUCUGUGAAGAAUAUUGUUGAAAGAAAAGGCCUUCGUUUGAUCACAGAGUCUGAAAUUGGAUUGGCUGCCAUAUAUGCUUCCUGUGAAAAGUACUGCAAUCCUUCCAGUUCACCUGACUCAGAACCAGUGCCAAAGGUGAAACCCAGAAUUCCAAGUGCUUCUCUGUCACAAAGUGUAGCAGUGGAUGAGACUGUGUUACCUGCAACGUCACAGAACAUCACAGCUUACGCAGCAAACACCGAGCCAUCGCAACGGAUGGAGCUCAAGAAGGUUACUGUGGCCACAUCAGUGGGAGAGACUCCUGAUAAGAGACCAAACCAGAACCAGCAGAAGAAGAUGGACACACAGUGCAUUGUGGCUGAGUCGCUGAAUUUAUCAUACCACGCAGUGGAGGAUACAGACUCAAAACAGAAGACGUCAAAAUCCAAAGUGGCAGUUUCAGGAGGAGAAAGCAAUGGCAUCAGAUCCCAGUCAUCUUUUCCUGAAUUCCAAGGUGGUAUCAGGAGAUUCCAACAGAAACAGUCUCCUCAGAAACUGAAGACCUCUGCACAAAGUUCACCCCAGAAACAGUCAACUCUUACCAAUUUCUUUCAGCCUGUCAGCAAGAAGAGGCCAUUAGAGGAUGACCUCUCUGCUGUGAUGCCAGAACCAAAGAAGCCUGUGUGGAAAUCUUCAAUGACCAUGCAGGCACCAUCAGUCACAUCUAAGGAAACACCUAUACAGUCAGAGAAAAUCCCUGCAGCCGCAUCCCAGACUCCCCUGGGCUCAGUAGAUGAUCUGUUCCUUGGACGGUCAGAAGCUUCAUCAGAUGUUGCCGAAAAGGAAGCACAAAGUCGAAAGAGGAAAGAAUUGGAAGAAGAGAUAAAGAUGGACGAACUGGAGUCCAUCAUGUCUUUAGAUAUGGACUGCUUUGAUGAGCAACCUUCAGGCCAACAAGUACAGUCAAAAAGCAACGAGUCAACCAAACAGAAACAAGUUUUUAAUGUUGUGGAGGCUUCGAGUAAGAGACAGCGCCUCCACUUGGAAGACAGCAGUGACACCAGUCGAAGGCAACAAGCAAACCUGGAAAAAGAGUCUAGAUUCAGAAAGAACCAGGAUGUUAAAUCUGAACAGCAUAGUAUCCGCAUAAAGAUGGAGCCGUUAAAAUACAGUAGAGGUUCUCAUGAAUCCAGCAAACCUUCAGCUGCAACAAACCAGAAUGUAUCCCCUUUUGAGGAGGAUGAUGUUGAGGAUUUAGAGCUGCUCAAAGCUGAAAUUGGUCACCCUAAAGAAUUGACUGAGACCCCUGUGAAACCAGUCACCAUCAAACAGGAGAUACAAGAAUCAAAAAUUGAGGAGGAUCUUCUCAAAAAGCUGGUGUUGGUGGAGUUUAGAUCUCUCACUGUGACAGCACCUCCCAAAAAAGCCCCAUGGCAAAUGCUGAACAACGGCUAUGCAAAGAACUUCAAAUGUUUCCGCAAGGUCCAUGUACAAGGUUCAGAGGGCUCGGCACACAUCAUAGGAGGGUCAGACCUCCUGGUUCACAACAGAGGCAAGAACUCUGAUCUGGAUGAGUGGCUUAAAGACGCAGCAGAGGAGGAGCGUCAGAGCAGACGGGAUGAGAGCGUAGGAGACGACCUGUUUAGGUACAACCCCACCAAACUAGCCAAGAGAAGAUGAAAUGCCUUCAUGUUUGAGGUCCUCCAAAGAGAAUUCAUUUCAGAGGGAUAAAGUAUGUCAACACUGUACAAGUGGAACAUUAGAAAUAAUUACUCCUGUUAUCUGUAUUUCAGUUGUAGUUUUUAUAAUUACAAAACAUAACCUUCUAAGAUACUAAAAGAGUGAAAAAUAUGUUUCAUUUUGCACUUUCACCAGUUGUCUAUAAAUAUCUUCAUGCUUCACAUAAAUGAAGUCACUGACAGCAAGAAAUGUAAUAAAACAUGUUUAGACAUUUUUUUUUCAAAGUUUUUAUUUGUCAAUAAUAAAAAAUAUGGCAUACAAACAUUAAAAACUCUUUAGUUGUACAAGAGAGCAUUGAAACUCAACAUGCUGAAAGCAGCUAUUCCUUUGUUUUGAAGUCAAGACCAAUGCGUUCCCUGGUUUUAGCUGAACUAGAAACUUGUUGACCGGGAAAGAAGUGAAAGAUUCAAGUUUUCUUAUGUGAUCUUGGAUGAGCCAACCCUUCAGGCACUUUUACUAAUCUGAAAUUGAAAAGAAUCAGAAAACCAAUCAUCUUGCUAAACAAUGUAGGCUUUUCCUGUGCAGGUAGUUGAAGUCCACCUGUCCCUUCUCAUUGACAAGUGACAUGUACAAGCUGAGAGUUAGCUCCGCAUUCAGCAGGAAUUGUGCAGUAGUAAAUUGUCAGUUGCCUUCAUGGGCAGCAGUGGCAAAAGAAAUUAGGAGACUGGCUUUCAAGCACGCAAGUCCUCUCUCUUACUUCAGCUUCUGAAAUCAAUCUGUCAAGUAAUUUUUUAGGUAUUUGCACUCUAAAAAUUACUUGAAUAAGCUAAAUUUGACGUUACGUUCAUUUCUGAGACAACUAGUCUCCUGUUCCAUCCUCAAAAGCAUUUGUCUAAGUGUUCUUAAAUUACUUCUGCCUUGUGUACACUGCAGCUGCUGCUAGGCAAUAGUUCAUGCCUACAUGCAUAUAUUUAACUUUUUUCUCAAAACAAAUAUAUCAGAAAUCAGUGAAAAAGCAUCAAGGAUUAAUUUUGUUGAAAUUCAUUAAUUAAACACAAGUAACACAGUCACUACAUAACUGCUAUAUGAUUACCUGAAAUUAAACAUAUGUGUUUUACUACAUUGUUAAAGCAAAAGUUAAUGCGACUACAGUAACAUGUUAGUAAAUGUAUUACCCCCAUUACUGACUACCAUAUUGUACAGUAGAAGGGUAAAAACUCUCAGUGUAGAGAGUUUCCCUGCAAGAAUUAUAACUCCUUACAACUUCUCUUAACUGCUAUUUGGCACUUAAUAGAACAGUUAUAAGCCAACACUUACUGUUUGUAUAACUGUUUACUUUAAAUAGAGCCACAAAAGACCUGGCCAUUAUGAAAAAAA